AUGUCCGGACGAGGUAAAGGAGGAAAGGGACUCGGAAAGGGAGGUGCCAAGCGACACAGGAAGAUUCUGCGAGACAACAUUCAGGGUAUCACCAAGCCUGCUAUCCGACGUCUUGCUCGACGAGGAGGUGUCAAGCGUAUCUCUGGAUUGAUCUACGAGGAGACCCGAGGUGUCCUCAAGAUCUUCCUUGAGAACGUUAUCCGAGACUCAGUCACCUACACUGAACACGCUCAACGAAAGACUGUCACUUCGCUCGAUGUCGUCUACGCCCUCAAGAGACAAGGACGAACCCUUUACGGUUUCGGUGCUUAA